AUGGAUAGGGGCAUCCGGUUGACCCAGUCCAUGUUGUGUGCCUACAUCGUGGGCUGGGGCAAAGAGACCAAGCCCCUGAGGAGCACAGGGAGCAUCCUGUCCCUCAGCCUGGACUUACAGCCCUGCCAAGAAGACCGGGUUUUCCCAACCUACAGGUCACUUCCAGAAACAGUGGACAUCCACAGCCCAUCCUGUGCCAGUUGUCUGUGCCCCUUGUCUCUGGCACUGACCAGGUCUGCCCUACUGGUCUGUCCCCAGGGCCUGGACUUCUACCUAUGUACCCUGCAGCUGGCACCCCCAGGCACAGCCCUGCAGCAUCUCAGGAAGGACUCCUCGAGCACGAAUCACCAGCCACCAGGGCCAUAUGCCCGCUCCACUGAUGAUGAAAGACUCACAGCCAAGUAUCCUCUGAGCAGGGACAAGAUGGGAAGCCGGCAGGAAAGAGCUGACGAGGGGCCCCCCUGCCCGUCCUCUUCUCCUCACAACAGCUCUUCCCCAACCCCCUGGCAGAACAGAAAGUGCCUCAGCCCCUUGGCUUUCUGCUCCUGUCCCCUACCCACUCCCAUCUCCAAAGAACUCCCAUUCCGCCUUCACCGGCUCUGUCCUGGGUAUCCAUUUCUCCUGCCUCCACAUUACCUGUUCAGCUAUGGGACCCCACCUUCUGCCCAAUGUCACCCCCUCUUCAUGUUGCCCCAAGACACCUCCUACCCCACCAGGGCUGUGCCCAGCAUGCUAAUGAGUGUCAGUGAUGCUGGGCACUACAGCAUCUGGGGGGAGACUCUCUGUCCCUACCCAGGGGCCUCCCAAGCCUCUGGCCAAACCAAACUUUCCCAGGCCUGGAUUCCAGGCCCUGGAGCUGCCAGGACCUACUCCCCAGGGCCAGAGCAUGCUAGUAGGGUGGCUCCAGCAAAACAGGCCCUACUGGGCAAACGGGCCCCACUGGGCUCCCGGGAAGCCCUGCCUUACCCGCUGAAGAAAGAGAACGGCAAAAUCCUGUAUGAAUGCAACGUGUGCAGCAAGAGUUUCGGGCAGCUCUCCAACCUCAAGGUCCAUCUGCGUGUACACAGUGGGGAGCGCCCGUUUCAGUGUGCCCUGUGCCAGAAGAGCUUCACCCAGUUUGCCCACCUGCAGAAGCACCACCUGGUGCAUACGGGGGAGCGGCCCCACAAGUGCCCGAUGUGCCACAAGCGUUUCAGUAGCUCCAGCAACCUCAAGACUCACCUGCGCCUGCACUCAGGGACCCGGACGAUCCAGUGCAGCGUCUGCCCAAGUCGCUGCACCCAACACGUUCACUUGAAGUUGCACCAUCGGCUGCACACUGCACCGCCCUGUAGCCUAGCUCAUACCCACCUGCCUCUGGAGUCUCUCACCUGCCUUGCCCGAUGGCACCAAGGGGCACUAAAUCUUGUGAUGGCGCCAUCAGAGAGGCAGAUGGGCUGGAGUGCAGACAAGAUCAAGGUGUCCUUGGCAUCUCAGGGAACAAGGACAGCCAGCCUGAGCAGUGGUGUCAGGGCUGCUCUGGGGAGGGGGCAGGGGCAAAGCAAUUAA